AUGGCUCCUCCAUUGCAAGAAGGAAUGAUCUCUUCGUCCUCAUCGGAUGAGGAACAUCAUCGUGAUGAUGGCAAGCGCUCAAAUCAUUCUCUGCCAGCCACUGCAACCACAACGGUUUCCCAGAAUUCAACUCUCUCAGAUCAUCAUGUGAUGGCGAAUAAUAAUAAUACCAAUAACCAACAUAACAAUUCAUCAUCAAUGGAACGAAAUGGUACGACCUCAUUAAGUCCGCUUCAAAUUGAAACCAUUCCCAACCCGACCACUAAUGAUUCAAAGAGUAGUACCAACCAACAAAACCCACCUUCUUCAGCAGUCUCUUCCGCUUCAUCAGCUUCUUUCAAGAGUCCCAAACAUUCACCAACUCUACCACCUACGCCGACUCAAAUCAAACCAAUUGAAACCAAGGAAUGGCAAGUCGACUUUAGAAAGUUCCCAAUUGUUGAUCCUAAACAAAUUGCUGAAGGAUCUAAGAAGAAGCUCCGCAAAAAGGUUUCCAAGUUCUAUGAGAAGCAAAAUGAAUUGGUGGAAGGAUUCGCUGAACUCUACACAAAUACAGUGACCAAGGAAUUCCUCAGAGAGUCCGAUGAUGAAGGAUGCGAAGGUGAAUCAUUCAUCAAGAAGGGUCAACAAAACAUUUCCGGCAACGAUUCUGGAGACGACGCAACCAAUGGCAAUAACAAUACAAGCAUUAAUGUGGGAGAUGAACACAUUACGAACAAACAGGAUGUUGAUCCAUCCUCGAGUAGCAGCAAGGAGACGAGAUAUGCCAAUUUCUGCAUUCAAGCAAGUUUUUGGGUCAAUGUUUUGUUGGUAUUGUUGAAAGUUUCUGCCAGUUUCUUGUCCUUGUCGCUCUCAGUGAUUACCUCAACAAUUGAUUCCUUGUUGGAUUUGGUAUCUGGUUUAAUUCUAUUCUAUACAAACCGAUUGAAGAACAAGAAGAGUGAUCUUCAUUUGUAUCCAGUUGGAAAGGAACGAUUGGAACCACUGAGUUUUAUCAUCUUUGCCACUUGUAUGGCCACUGCGAGCUUGCAAAUUAUUAAGGAAGGAUUUGUGUCCAUCAUUACAGGACUUGUGACUGGAGAUCCUUAUUUACCAACCAAUUCUGAAAAUAUUGUCGAGUGGUUGAGUAAGCCAGAGUUAUUGAAUGGAUCAAUGGAUUGGAUGUUGGGUGUGAAGAUUCCUGCUCUCUUCAAAAUGAUAUUUUAUAUUUAUGGUUUACUGGUUCUUAUUAUUGCCAUUGUUGCCAAGACCAUUCUCUAUUUCUUGUGCAUACGAGCUAAGGAGUCACCUUCAUGUCAAGCCUAUGCAUUUGACCAUCGUAAUGAUAUUAUGAGUAAUACCUUCCUUGUAUUUUCUCUCUUCAUUUCACAAUGGGUAUGGUGGUUUGAUCCAUUUGGUGCCACCCUUCUCUCCAUUUAUAUUAUUUAUGGAUGGGUCGAAGAAUCUUUGGAACACGUGACCAAACUUGUGGGAUUAACAGCCGAGUCCGAAUUUAUCAAGAAAAUUACAUUCAUUGCUGUCAAUCACAGUGAAAAGAUUAUGAAGGUUGAAACAGUUACAGCUUGGUACAGUGGUAUGAACAUUAUCGCAGAAGUACAUGUUGUGUUGCCACCUGACAUGUCUCUUCGUGAAGCGCAUAAUAUUGGUGAAGAUUUACAAUUGAAAAUAGAGUCUGUUCCUGAAGUAGAGAGAUGCUUUGUACAUUUGGACUUUAAUGAUACUCAUCGAAUUAACAAUAAACAAUUGCAGUAG